CUGCUCCCCGAAGGGCUGCCCUGCCCUCCCCUCCCUGCUGCCCUGCCCCAUCCCUGUGGCGCUGGCAGGAGGGAGGGCGGAGGGCUGCCGUCGAUCUGCCCACCCUGCGGUGCAGCUCAAAGUUUGCCUGAUGCCGCUCUCCGCUCCUGGUCCAUCGGGUCUCAUCUCUGCGAGCUGCCCGUCUCCCGUUGGCCCUGUGUGCAGGGCCUGGGGAGUGACUGCUGCUCCUGGCAGCACCUUCAGCUGGAGCAAAACCUUCCUUUUACUCGUUGUCUGCUGUUGCCUCCGCUCCUUCCUCUAGGUAAUUAAAUGCCCGUGGUGUGGAUCUCUGCUCUGUUGGCAUGCUCGGCUGCACAGCGGCUCUUCCAGUAGCUUCUCCUCAUCCACCCCCACUGCAAGAGGAUGGCGAAAGCAAACAUAACUCGAGACAUCAUCCACAGGCAGAUCAAGGAGCGGGGUGCACUGGGCUUUGAGAGGCACUAUCAUGUCACCGACCCGUUCAUUCGACGCCUGGGCCUGGAAGCGGAGCUGCAGGGUCACUCUGGAUGUGUCAACUGUCUAGAAUGGAACGAAAAAGGAGACUUGUUGGCCUCCGGCUCAGAUGACCAGCAUACCAUUGUCUGGGAUCCUCUGCACCACAAGAAACUUCUUUCUAUGCACACAGGACAUACUGCAAACAUCUUUUCUGUCAAGUUCUUGCCACAUUCGGGGGAUCGGAUCCUCAUCACGGGAGCUGCAGAUUCCAAGGUGCAUGUCCAUGACUUGACUGUCAAGGAGACCAUCCACAUGUUUGGAGAUCACACCAACAGAGUGAAGCGGAUUGCCACAGCUCCCAUGUGGCCCAACACCUUCUGGAGUGCAGCAGAAGAUGGGCUAAUCAGGCAGUAUGAUCUGCGAGAGAACAGCAAGCGCUCAGAAGUCCUGAUCGACCUGACAGAGUACUGUGGGCAGCUGGUGGAAGCCAAAUGCCUCACAGUCAACCCCCAGGAUAACAACUACUUAGCAGUAGGGGCAAGUGGCCCCUUUGUGCGGCUCUAUGACAUACGGAUGAUCCACAACCACAGGAAGAGCAUGAAGCAGUGUCCUUCAGCUGGAGUGCACACGUUCUGUGACCGGCAGAAGCCCCUCCCGGAUGGCGCGGCGCAGUACUACGUGGCAGGGCACCUUCCAGUGAAGCUUCCAGACUACAACAACAGGCUGAGGGUUCUUGUGGCCACGUAUGUCACCUUCAGUCCUGAUGGCACCGAGCUCUUAGUCAACAUGGGAGGGGAGCAGGUCUAUUUGUUUGAUCUCACAUACAAACAGCGGCCAUACACUUUCCUCCUCCCCAAGAAAUGCCAUACUUCAGGGGGUAAGUGUGAUGCUGUCAUCAAUUGAGUGGAAGGCAGAGUGAAAGCAUGUAGUACACAACUCUUUUCAGGGUGCAGCCCCCAUCUGGGCGGGAAGGAAAGGAAAGGAAGUAGGGCAUAGCUGGUGCUGGGCUAUUUCUGCAUUGCAGCUCAUACUCUGAGUUCUGAAACUCUUACACAUGGUGACAGAAUUCUGUGAAAAUGUGUGUCUUGAGGGGAGAAAUGAGCUGCUGAGAAUUGUUUGCAUGUGUGAACUAAGGAGAAUGCUUAAAGCUCUAUCUAAAGGAUAAAGCAGACUUGGUAGAGUGAUUGUAGUCCUAGUGCCUUGCCUUUAACUAAGGGGGAAAAACUUUUCAUGUAGACAGACAU